AUGCAUAGCAAUGACGAUUCUCGGGAAAGUUUUGAGAGCAUUGUAAUUGAUGACAGUCAUUCUCCUGACUCUACUACGUCUGCUGAAGCAGGGAAGGCCUGUUUCCCAGAGAGGUCUUCGAAGGAUUACAAACGGGAGCAAAAGCUCCAUCGUAUUGCUCGAGAACUACAGUUUUCCCAUCCGGGCGGUGCAGUCGCUGUACCUAGUGAGGAUGCCUGUUCAUUUUGGACGGAGGAAGGACAUCGCAUUUUGCUAACCCGGUCGAAAAAAAACGGAAUGGAUGAUGAUGAUCCAGAUGAAUACCACCCGCACCAUGACCGUGAGGGUCGUUUUGUUACUGAAGAUGGCAGGCACAUAAGAAUAUGUGACUGUUUAUCGUCAGAAUGUAGUGGCUGUCAUGUUCCCUGUAAACGAUGUAGUAGUCGGUACUGUGGUUUUGUUUGUCAGCGUGGUCGGAACUUUGCUCCAGAAAAAAUCGAAAUAGAUGCGGAUAAUGUAGCUACAAUUUAUCACCCAUUGGCAGCAACGAAAAAAGAAAAGAACUUUGUUUCGUGA